AUGGCCCCUGGUAUCACCUCUCCCGUCCCGGGCAAUGUCUCCUCUUCUUUCUAUACAACUCUGCCAGGUAACUCCAGAAAAGUCUCUGCUAUGUCUGGUAUGUUCGAUAGUGACAGCAUUUCGAACACCGGCCUGUCUCGGGGCGCAUCCCGCCGCGAGUCUAUGAUGCCGCGGACAUUCUACUCUGCUGGCAGUAGUAAGCUUUCCAGUGUGAUCCAAGGCCUUCAGCACCAGAGCGGCCGUGACUUGGACCCUGGUGUCUCCUCUCUCCUAUUCAACACGGAUUACCUCUCAAUUCGUGAUUGGAUUGCUGCUGAGCGCAUGAGCCAUCUUCCUGCGGAGGGUAGCAGUUACGACAAGGUGCUCGCAUGGGCACAGCUGUUCGCAGAGAGACUCAACUCAUUUGAUGCGGCUAUCCGUCAAUUCGAGGGCGGCAGUCUGCUCGCUGCUCGUCUUGCCUUUGGCUACUGUGCCAUGCUCCUUCAGCUUGGUAAGGAGAAUGCCCCGGCGCUGAUGGCGUCCUUUGGAUUCUUCUACAGCACAUCGUCCACCCUUGUGAACCUCCUCGAGCGAACCGAGCUCUUCACUGUGUCUGGCGAGAUCAAGGAGCAGCUUGUGGACGCCCUGGCGGACCUUGUUACCUUGGUCGCCAGCGUUUCAACCACGUUCCACAAGUCAAUUGAUGAGAUUGCCGAGCAAUCCAUCUCAAUCAACAUCUACGAGAAGUUCAGCACAGAGCUUGAGACCUUCCGCGAUCGAUGUGCCUCCAUCUCCGAUGCCAUGUGGCGUCACCAGCUUGUGCAGGAGCACAGGGAUCCCGAGGAUGUGAAGGUUGUCAAGGCCAUUCGCACCUGGCUCUCCCCAGAGGACCGCGUCCUCAGCCACCUCGCUGAGAACACCUCGCAUCUCGCCCAUGAGCGCGAGGAGAUGACUUGUCUCUGGAUGAACCCCUACCUGACACACUUCCUCAAGGGUGACAAGCGCACGCUUGCCUUUACUGGAGCCCCUGGAUCUGGAAAGACUGUCCUCGCCUCCGUCAUUGUGGAUCGCCUGCAGGAUCAGAUUGCUGGUGUCUCCUACAAGAGCUUGUUCAUUCCCAUCAACGCUCGCAUCCCGGCCGAGACAACUCCCAUUUCCAUCGCCAAGACUAUUCUCUUCCAGCUGUUUGAGAAGCGCAUCGGCAACGUCCAGCUGCUGUCGAUCCUGCGUGAUGCAUAUGACACUAGCAGGCGUACCAUCAACGAGAGUGACUAUGAGAAUAUCCUCUGGAACGCUCUCGAGCAGGCCCUUGCCGCUGCCCUCCACCGCGCAAAGGAACUCGUUAUUGUCGUUGAUGGCGUUGACGAAGCCUCGUGCGGCGAGGCGGCCUUGCUCCAGAAGCUCACUGCUGCCACAGCUAACGGAACCAAUGUCAAACUGGUCACCCUUGGUGCUGAGAAGCCCCAGACUGCCUCUAAUCUGAUGCAUGUCCCCAUUGGUGGCGACCGUGUCGCUGACGACAUUGCUACUGUCGUCCGCAGCCAUUUCACCAACAGCAACCGCAAGGCCGAUACCAAGGUCUUCAAGGCCAUGGAUGAGCUUGAGCAGGAGACUCUUGUUGACCAGAUCAGCGAGGCCGCUCGCGGUUCCUUCUUGUGGGCCAAGCUUUGCACCAAGCGUGCCCGCCAGGAGCACAGCCCGGAGAACUUGCGCAAGCUCGUCGACACUCUCGUCAAGGGCAAGCCCACGAUUGCCGACUUUGUUCUCCAUGCCAUUCAGUCUCCUGACGUCAGUGAGGAUGCGAAGCUCAUGUUGGUCUUCCUUGCCACCGCUGAUCGUCCUCUUCUGACCCGGGAACUCAUCACUUUGGCCUCGAUCAACCCUGAGAAGCAGGUGGUCACUGAUUACAAGGUUGACCUUCGAAAGAUUCUCAAGCCGCUCAACUCACUUGUCUUCCUCCAGGAUGGUCAGGUUUACCUUCGUCAUGGUCUGAUCCGAUCGGCCGUCUUGGAUGUGUUCACCAAGGGCAAACUGACCACAUCCAUCAAGGACCGUCACACUGAUUUGGUAACCCGUCUUUUGGUCUACAUCAAGCACACUGUUCCUGAGCAGCACGAGCCAUCUCUUAGUCCUAUGGAUGGCCGUGAUGUCGCACCCCGGGUGCGUACCAACCCUCUGCUCGACUUUGCUGUUCGGUACUGGCCUCGUCACCUGAAGGAAUCUCCAGUCUUUACCAGUGGUGAUGUUUCCAAGGAGUUUGGCAACAUCUUCCCUGCCACUGUCACGCUCUUGCUUCUCCAGACCACUAUUUGGAACAACUUUGCUACUCCCACCCUGGUAUCAUACCAGAGUAUUGUCACGAAGCUGUGCCGCCAGAUCUUGACCCCCAAGCAUGUGGUGACACUCCAGUCUAUGAUUUCACUCGCCUUCCUAUACCGUGAGCUCAACCAGCUCCCUGAGGCUAUUCCUCUCUUCUACGAGAUCACUACCAUCAGUCGCACCUUGCUCGACAUCAACCAUGUCGUGACCCGGGACAUGGCGCUUGUGUUCCUCACUCUGACUGAAGAUUUGGUCACUAGCACUAAGUCGGAGAUCAUGACCCAGCGUGAGGAGAUUUUCGUCCUCAUCAUUGAGUGCUUCUCCAUUUACUACGGAGAAAAGUCCGAGAAGACGAUUGGAAUGAUCAAGGCUCUGAUCCGCCACUACAGCGUGACUAAGGAGACUGAGAAGGAACAGCGCUGGAAUCUCAAGAUUCACACUCGCACAACCACAGAAUACGACGCUGAUGACUCUCGUGACUUGAGCAUUCGUCUCAAUGGCCACAAGCAGCCAGAUGGCUUCAGUGGCAUUGUCUUCGACCUCAGUGCCGAGUCGGACGAGGCCCUGGACAAGUCCCAGUGGUCAUUCGAGUCUCAAAUUAAGCAAGCCGAGAAGUACGUUGCAGAGGGGCACUUGGAUUGGGCUGAGCGUCUCUACAUUGAGAUCUGGCAACGCGUCAGCAGUGGUCACUCUGAAGACGAGAAGUUGAAGGCUGUCCUUGAUUACUCUCGCUUCCUCCAGUCUCAGAAGAGAACCUCCGAGGCUUCUUCCAUUCUGUCCAGUGUGUGGGAGGAGCACAAGCACUCCAGUGCCUCUCUCUCCGAGACUUCCACUUCGCACUUUGAGCAGAUUGCCAAGGUGAUGUCGACUGUCGGUCUCUCCGUUGCCGCUUUAAGCAUCUUCAAGCGCUGCUCCGAGUACUACCAGCGGACAAACAAGACUCAGUCUUCGUCCUACCAAGAGAUCCAGAAGAGCAUUCAAACUUCCGAGCAGCAUGUUCUGAAGCAGGCUAGCUCUUCCUCGUCCCACAUCUCCGAGGAGAUCUUGGAGCAGAUCGUUACCGAAGCUUCCUCCUCUUCCAAAAUUGACGAGACUUCGAUCAGCGCGCUCCGCACUCUUCUGACAGUGUACACUUCCGAGCACCGCUGGAAAGAUGCUUCUCAGGCCCUCAAGAAGAUCUUACGUGGUCUCUGGCCUUCCCUGUUUUCUGCCUCUAUCCAGGACGUGACCCUUCCCAAGCAGCAUGUUGACCAGGCCGUGGAUUACGCCAACCAGCUCAGCCGUUGCUACCACUUCCGUCGCCGUGUUCCCCGCGAGGAGGGCAUCCGUAUCCGCGUGUACCGUGCCGUUCGGGUUGCCCGUCCUGUCGAGGACAAGCUGAGAACCGAUGUCACCACUCAGCUUCUGAACUUCUUCAAGACCUCUUCCCAGCCCGAUAAGGACUUCACCACUCGCCAGGAGAUUUUGGACGACUACACCAAGCAUUAUGGCCCUGAACACCCCAUCGUCCUCAAGACUCUCUUCAACUUGGCUGAGAUUGCUCGCCCUCGUCCUGUCUUCAUCGAGUACUACCAGCGCAUCAUCUCGAUCUUGAACAAGGACUCUCAGAUUUGCAAGCCUGAAGCGCUGGAGCCCGUCAUCAUCGUCGCCACGGAGCUUUGGACCCAGAGCCGCUACUCUGAGGCUGUGCCCUACUUCAAGGUGCUGUUCACCACCUUCCUGAACCAGCCUAAGCAGAGCUCCAAGUUCCAGGAUGUACCCUUUGUGCAGACUGUCUUCACCCGCUACACUCACUGCCUUCGUACUGUUCGCACCGAGUACACUGAUAUUCACAAGGUUACCGUUGAUUACCAGACCAAGUGCAAGACAGUGUUUGGCGCCACUGCGUCGAUCACCAUUCAGGCGACCUUGACGCUCGCCCAGGUUUGUUCCGAGUCCAAGACCUUCGAGAACGAUGCCAUCACUCUCUAUCAGCAGUUGAUCGACAGCAAGUCCCAGGAUAUUGACAUCGAUGAGAUUACUGCGAUCCUUGAUGGUAUUUUCGAGGAGCAGACCGCCGCUCUAUCCAAGUCAGACUCGAUCUCUGCUGCUCACCGUGAGGGUGCUACCCGUGUCCUGACCAAGCGUAUUCGCAAGGUUCGUGAGACCUACGGCUGGGCCCACGAGGAGUCUCUGUCACAGCUCAAGGAGGUUGUUGCUUUCCACUCCAAACACAGCGAUAUUCAGACUGUGAACACCGAGCUCCAUGAGUCGACCAAGCAGAUCCUGCAGACUGAGACCUCUUCUCAGCAGCUUGUCUCUGCGGCAACCACCAUCGCCUCGAGCUACAUUGCGACCAAGCAGGCUCACAAGGUCGUUGAGCUGUCUCAGGAACUGUAUCGCCAGAUCAUCAUGAAGGACACUUCCAAGUCGAAGGAGACUCAGUUCGACGUCUCAUCCAAGGGCCGUCACAGCCUUGUAUUCUUGGCCCAGCUUGAGCACAGCGUUCGCCAGGGCUCUUCAAGUGUCACUGAGAUCCUCGCCACCCUCACCACUCAGUAUGCCUACUUCGAGGAGUUCCGCAGCCUGACCAAGAGCAAGACCAGCUCUUUCCACCAGGUUUCCCUGUCUGCAACACGUCUUUACCAGUUCCUGCUCUCUCACCGUCGCGAUGCUGCUGCCAACCGUGUCUUUGAUGACUUCGUCGCCUACUUCAUUGCCACUGAAGGCAAGAAGACCAAGGUCACUGACAUCGCCCAGGUGAAGGUCUUCCUCCAGACCAUGAUCAGUUACCUGACAACCCACGAGACUCACAACUUCGUUCGCUCGGUUGGUAUUGCCAGCAACACCCAGGUACUCGAGUUACUCCAGGCCAAGAACUACGACGGCGCCGCCAAUCUUGCUCUCGCUGCAUUCCAGUACAUCUCGGCGCACGAUGUCUUCCGCAAGCCCGAGAUUGUCAAGUUCGUGUUCACCCUGGGUGUGUUCAUCUCUGGCCACGCCAUUAUCCCCCAGCCCAGCCAGGCCAUUCUGAAGAAGCUGCGUGGAGUGUCUGUGGUAAUCAUCCAGGAGGUUCUUCGUGUCCUCGCAGAGCUGAAGAUCAACCUGGCUCAGAUCAACCUGGACUACCUCAACGUCCUGAUCGGUCUCCUUGGAGAGCAGCAGGACUACAAGAACCUGGUCUGGAUCCUCGGUGAUCUCUGGAACAACCGCAACAAGCAAGCUCACUGGAACCCGGUUCUCACUCUCGACCUGGCUCGUCGCUACAUCCUCGCUCGUUACCUGAUUGGUGACUCCGUCAAGGCGGCCCGUCUUGCCGAGGACAUUGUGUACAACUGCCGCCGUGUCAACGGUGCUCGCCACUCCAGCACCCUCGAGAUGUCGACUUUGCUGUCCCAGCUGUACACUGCUAUCGCUCAACGCUACCAGGGUGACAAGAGCGGCCAGCACAUGGCCAACAAGUACUACAAGAAGAGCGCUGUCGUACACGAGAGCCUUCUCCGCAUCUUUGUCGACCCCUCCUUGGCCGAGUUUGAAGGUUCCAUGGAUGCCAGCUUCAGCAUGGACGGCUCCACUUACGACCUGAAUAUCAACGACUCGACCAGCUCUUUGACCGAUGGCGAACAGGUCCGCCAGCAUCUCCAGCUUCUCAAGCUCUCCCUACAGCGCCUGGGUGACUGGCCCAAGGACUACAGCGAGUACGAGAGCCUGAACGCCAAUCUCUACGAGUUGUUCGGACCCGAGCUCAAUGGCUUCGAAGGUGUUGAGAAGUGGAACCUGAAGAACUUUGGCUCCGGCAAGGCUGCCAGCAACGAAGACACCCUUGACCUCAAGGCUGUUUCUUGGGAGCUCAACAUUGGACAGUCUCAGGAGAUUGAUGAGGAGCUGUGA